UUCAAUCUUCUUCCUCCAUUUCCAGCUCCGGCGACUGAGACACACCAUGGCGGUGCGGGCAACGGUGGGCCGGUUCCCGGAGAACCAGGAAGCGUUGGAAUCAAGCGGGAUACCAUGGGGAGUAACCGUGACGCCAUUCGCCGGGAAGGACGAGAACGGGAGCCCACCGGCGUACGGAUCGGACGGGAACCUUUUGCCCCGAUGCGAGAAUUGCUGGGCUUACUACAACACUUUCUGCGACCAAGAGCAGUGGGCUUGGACUUGUGCGCUUUGUGGAACCCUCAAUGGACUUUCUUCUCAGGCCAUCGCUCGUUAUUCUCUUCCCCACUCUUGUGCUGAGAAUCUCUCCUCAUUCAUCGACCUCGAAUUGCCAUUAGAUGAAUCUGAGGAAAUGCAAGCACGACUUGUUUAUGUGGCGGCUGUGGAUCUUUCAUCCUCGGAAGAGUUUCUGGAACUUAUUAAAAGUGCUUUGUUAGCUGCUUUAGAAGCCCUUGGACCUGGAUCACUUUUUGGGCUUGCUACUUUUAGCCACAAAGUUGGUUUGUUCGAUGUUCAAGGUCCAAUCCCAGUGGUGAAAAAUGUUUUCAUUCCUCCAGAUUCAGAUGGCAGCCUCCCAAUUGAGCUUGAUGAUGUUAUGCCUUUGUCUUCAUUUUUGGCUCCAGUUGAUACCUGUAAGGACCGUAUUGCAUCUGCACUUGAAGCGCUAAAACCCACAAAUUCGUGGGAGAGGACCACAGCUGCCGGUCAAGGAGUAGAUGGGGUUCUGUUGGGCGGGCGAGGCUUUGGGGUGGCAAUGGAAGCUCUUCUUAAUUAUCUUGGUUCAGAAUAUGGAAAUACUUUUGCAUUAGGAAGAAUUUUUGCUUUUCUAUCCGGUCCACCUGAUUUUGGUGCUGGAGAGCUGGAUACUAGAAGGUAUGGUGAGCAAUAUGCCAGUAAAGGAGAGGAUGCAGACCUGGCUCUACUUCCAGAACAGACACCAUUUUAUAAAGAUUUGGCUACUGUCGCUGUUCAAGCAGGUGUUUGUGUGGACAUAUUUGCUGUUACAAAUGAGUACACAGAUCUAGCAUCUCUAAAAUUUCUCAGUAUUGAGAGUGGGGGCUCACUGUUUUUAUAUACAAAUACUGACAACUCAACACUGCCACAGGACAUGUACCGCAUGUUAAGUCGUCCUUAUGCUUUUAAUUGUGUGCUCCGGUUGAGAACAUCUUCUGAGUUUAAAGUUGGUAAUUCAUAUGGCCAUUUUUUCCCAGAUCCUCAAUAUGAGAAUGUACAACAUAUCAUUUGUUGUGAUUCCUUUGCCACAUAUGCUUAUGAUUUUGACUUUGCAAAUGAUUCUGGAUUUUCCAGACAUACUACAGAACUUCCUAUGUUGCAAAUUGCUUUUCAGUACACCAUUGUAGUGCCCCCUGAUGAACUGUCAAAAUCAACAUCAAGUUCUGCAAACAGAAACAAGCAUUCCCUUCAGAGGAGACUAAGGAUCCAUACUUUGCAAUUUACAACUGCCCAUAAUAUCAAUGAAGUGUACGAUAGUGUUGAUCCAGAUGUGGUCCUUUCUAUACUUGUGCACAAGGUCAUAUUGAUUUCAUUGGAGCAAGGAGUUAGAGAAGGCAGGGUCUUACUUAAUGAUUGGCUUGUACUCCUUACAGCUCGAUAUAAUGAUGCUUGCAAACUUCUGCAAUUUGAGCGUGGAAAUUCAGCUACAGCUCAUGUUGAUGUUGCAUUCUCCCAGUGCCCACAGCUUCACCCUUUGCCCCGCUUAGUUUUUGCUUUGUUGCGAAAUCCUCUACUCCGCCUGCAUGAAGAAGGUGUUCAUCCAGAUUACCGAAUAUAUCUUCAGUGUCUAUUCAGUGCUUUAGGACCUUCAUCUCUUCACCGAGCUAUAUAUCCUAUCUUGACAUCAUUUGCCACUCCGGAUAAACAAGCCUUCCCACGCCAUUCCUUGAGUCGCGCUGCAUUGAUCACAAGUGGAAGUCCAAUAUUUUUUCUCGAUGCAUUCACUACCCUCAUUGUAUUCUAUUCUUCUACUGCAGACCCUGCACUUCCUUUUCCUCCACCUCAAGACUGCUUAUUAAGAACUACCAUAAACAAGUUAAAGCAAGAGCGAUGCAUUACACCAACACUCAUGUUUAUAAGAGGAGGGCAGGAUGAUUCCACAAUUUUUGAAAACUAUCUUAUAGAGGAACAAGACGUUGAAGGCAGCGGAUUCACUAGUGUCAUGGGCUUCGUUUCUUUCCUGGAGGAGAUAAAUCAUGGCGUGUUGGAAUAUCUGAAAUGAGUGAGCCGCAUCAUACCUCAGUUAGAUGUAAAAUUAAGGACAGGAUCACUUGGCAAACAAAGAGUAUACUGAUGUGCUUUGUAGCUGCAGUAAGAGAGAGAGAGAGAGAGAGACAGAGUGUGUGCGUGUCUUGAAGCAGAAGAGACGAGGCUGUCUUCUUGUACUAAAUUAGUUCCAUCCAAAGUAUUUGCUGUAGUCGCGAAAAGGAGGGAAUCCAUUUUUCCCUUUCCUAAAAUUAGAAUUUUGUCUGCACAUGUUUAUAUUGCCUCCAUUGUUUUUUUUUUUUUUUUUUUUUGGUUCAAUUUAUUUUGACAUAGUCCAUGUGGCCUAUUCCUCUUUGUGAUUGUAGUUAAGUGUUUUGAAUGCGGUCUUAUUCUGCAAUCAAUAAUCUCUGCAAUGUUAAAGUU